UUGAUAUACGGUCGCUGUUGGUAACUUUAUCAGGUGUGAAGGGGGCUAGAAUAUUUACCUCUCCCUGAAUUGUAUUAACGUAUUUACAGAUAGCAUGGCGAGCCUAGAAACAAAUGGAGAGACCGCCGACACUAGAAGCCAAAGUACCUCAGAAUUCGUCCUGAUCCUGAAAGAAAAAGAAGCUGUAAAAGCAACUCUUGCUGAGAAAGAGAAAGAAUUGACCACGGCCCAAGUCAGAAACUACGAUUUGAUGCAGCAGAUUGAUAAACUGGAAAAAAAUCUUGCAAAAUUGAAAGAAGAAAGAAAAGCCGAGAAGGAGAAACUCAAAUCAGCCCAACAGGCAAACGAAGGAUCACAGCACGGAGGUUCACCGCACAUGAAGAAGAAGCACCGACCAAAGACAGCAAAACAUCCACAUGCGAGAAAAACACCGCGAAAAGGAGCAGGGAAGAAGGCAAACGUAAAGGACGCCACCAAUGAAUCUGAACUCGCUAAGCCAAACAAAGACACGUACUCAUACUAUAAAGAAAUAGCGGAAAAGUAUCCAAUGCUUCGUUUGUCUGUUCUGCUAGCGGCCGAGGAGAGGUUCAUUGAAGCGGACAUCAAUAACGAUGGGACGAUAGACGCUUAUGAACUGGAUAAGAUCCUUGAAAACAGUCGAAUGUUAUUUACAAAGCAACAAGUGCGUGAUAUUGUCAAAGAGAUUGACAGCGAUGGUUCCAACUCUUUAGACUUCAUUGAAUGUCUUGCUGUGAUCGAUAGACUACACCAAAACAAGAAAACCGCAUUACCAACAUCUCUUGAGCAAAACAAAAGCACCGUUUGUUCUAUCCAAUAGGGCGAAAGAUAGAUAGACAGACACGUGACUGCUGCCAUAUUGUUAAAACGAAAUAAGGAAUACUGGGUCUAAAUGAAUAAUUUAUUUCAUGUUAUAUCAUCACUUCUUGUUUUUGUAUUAUAACGCAACACAGAUUGCAGGAAACCAAAAAAAAACUAAAGUAUUAUUUUUUUCAAAGGAAAUUUACCCUUAUUAUUUACGAUGACUUAAAUAAAACAUGAGACAUGUAA